CGAGCCUGCCCUUCUCCAGCAGCGUCCAGCGUCGAGUUUUGGGUGGGGUCUGUCUUGUUCAUUAAGCUUUUCCUACAGACCGCUGGAUUUCCGUCAGUUUGCCACAGUCCUGUAAUGACAGGGGACCACAGAGAGCUGGCUCCAUGCACAAAAUAAAAGCUCCCAUCACCUGUAACCAUGACCACAGAAGUAGGCUUAGACACUGAAGUAAAGAAGGAAUCUGAACAGGUGGAGUCAGACUCAACUAAGGAAAAGCCCGAAGAAGCCUCAGAAAGAGAGCAGAAUCAGUCAUCCGAACAGGAAGAUGAGGAAGAAACUGGGUCUUCCUCGCCCACUGCGGCAGCUAGUCCAAAGAGCCCAAGGAGCCAGAAGAAGAAGGAGCCUUCGGAGAGCAGGGGCCUCUCUCGCUUCCUACCUCCAUGGCUUAAGAAGCAAAAGUCUUAUAACCUAGUGGAAGCCAAAAAUGGAGGAGAGAAACAACCCUCAGAGCAAGCAGGGGAGGAGGAGCAGAAGCAAGAUGACCGAGAGGAUGUGUUACCAGAGGAGGGGCACCUGGCUAAAGGGGACUCUGAAGAGACAGCUGACAGGAAACAGCAGGAAGCUAAAGUUGAAGACAAAGAUGAGAAACGUUCAGUAAGCAGUGCUGAGACCCAGCCUGCUAAAGAAGACAGUAAGGAGAUAGAAGUGGAGAAGAUAGAAGAAAUACAGGAAGACAGAACAGAGGAAGAAGAGGUAAAAAGAGAAACCAAGGAAGUUCAGACGACCGAUCUCAAAACGGAGAAGGUGUCUCAGAAAGCUGCCAAGAAGAUAAAAACUGUGCAGUGUAAAGUGAUGCUCCUAGAUGGCACGGAAUACAGCUGUGCCCUAGAGAAACGGGCAAAGGGUCAAGUGCUUUUUGACAAAGUGUGUGAACAGCUCAAUCUAUUGGAAAAGGACUACUUUGGGCUUCUAUUUCAAGAGAACACAGAACAAAAGAACUGGCUGGAUCCCUCAAAAGAAAUCAAGAGGCAAAUGAGAAAUCUUCCCUGGCUAUUCACUUUUAAUGUGAAGUUUUAUCCUCCAGACCCUUCCCAGUUGACUGAAGACAUCACCAGAUACUUUCUGUGUCUUCAGCUUCGUCAGGAUAUUGCUUCUGGGCGCUUGCCGUGUUCUUUCGUGACUCACGCCCUCCUCGGCUCAUACACUCUGCAGGCCGAGCUGGGGGACUAUGACCCAGAGGAGCACAGCAGUGAUUACAUCAGUGAAUUCCAGUUUGCCCCUGGCCAGACAAAGGAGAUGGAAGAAAAAGUAGUGGAACUACACAAAACACACAGGGGUUUGACUCCUGCACAAGCUGAUACUCAGUUCUUGGAAAACGCAAAGAGACUCUCCAUGUAUGGAGUAGAUCUGCAUCACGCCAAGGAUUCAGAAGCUGUGGACAUUAAGCUGGGCGUAUGUGCUAAUGGAUUACUUAUUUAUAAAGAUAGACUCAGAAUCAAUCGUUUUGCCUGGCCUAAAAUCUUAAAAAUCUCUUAUAAACGCAGUAACUUCUACAUUAAAGUCAGACCAGCAGAGCUGGAACAGUUCGAGAGCACCAUUGGGUUCAAACUGCCAAACCAUCGGGCUGCUAAAAGGUUGUGGAAAGUGUGUGUGGAGCAUCAUACUUUCUACAGACUUGUGUCUCCUGAACAGCCACCAAAGGCCAAGUUCCUGACUUUGGGAUCCAAGUUUCGCUACAGUGGCCGCACACAAGCGCAGACCCGGCAGGCCAGCACCCUCAUAGACCGACCAGCCCCGUAUUUUGAACGCACUUCCAGUAAACGGAUCUCUAGGAGUCUGGAUGGAGCACCUGUUGGUGUCAUGGAUCAAAGCCUGCUACGGGAUUUCUCUGGCCCCACUGGUGAGAUUUCUGUUUAUGGCCCUGGAGCUGCCAGUCAUGUCACAUUGCAAGAUGGAGAAGCCAGAAGAGAGGUCAGAACCCCAACAAAAAUGCCACAUUUACAGCUCCCUACUGAAGGAAAGGCGGAGACUGAAGAAGAGGAAACCCAACCAAAGAGCAAUUCCUUGAGAGUAUACGGGGAAAAUAUUUAUGUCAGACAUAGCAAUUUAAUGUUGGAGGACCUGGAUAAGGCCCAGGACGACAUACUGAAACAUCAGGCUAGCAUUAGUGAACUCAAGCGCACUUUUAUGGAAUCCACACCUGAGCCUCGCCCUAAUGAGUGGGAAAAGCGGCGUAUCACACCUCUGUCCCUACAGUCACAAGGGAGAAAAGGAGAUCGCAUUUUCAAAGAUGAGAAGGCACAGACUCUACCACCCCGGAAUAAUGAAGAAAAGCAUGAGGAAACAGACAAGAGUCUAGAAGAAGAGAUAACCUCAAUUUUAUUUAGUAAAGAGGGCUUUUCUGCUAGUGCGAAAACCACCUUCAUUCCAGCUACCCCUCGGACAGCAGAGGGCACUGUUGUGAAAAACAAUGUUUCCUCUGAAGUGCUUUCUACCUCCACCUUCGCACAGUUAUCAGAGAAACCUGCUUCCAGAGCAGAAGGGCCUUACACUGGAACCACGGACACUGUUAAGAGUUCACAUGAGACUCUGAUUGUAGUGGAGGAGAAGCAGCAGUUAGAGGUUGGGCAAGAGGAAAGAGGAAUCACAGAAGAGAUGAAUGGUGAGGGGAAAGUUCCACCCGGCAAGGAGCCCAGGGAGGCACGUCAGGGGGAGCCCCUGAUUCAGAAGGACUCCGCGUCACUGUCAUCCGAAAGCAGCAGCAGCAGCAGUAGUGAGAGUGAGGAGGAAGAUGUGGGAGAAUACCGGCCCCAUCCCAGAGUGACAGAGGGCACCAUCAGGGAAGAGCAGGAGGAAAAUGAAGAAGACUUCAAGGAGAAGGAAGAUCAGACCACAAAGGUAGUACAGAGUCUGGAAGCUGUGCGGGAAGUCGACUCGGUAAAUCAAACAGUUGUCCAUACGGUCCCCACAGAAACAGUGACCCAGGAAAACCUAGUUUCCCCAGUCAUCCCCGGAGAGAUGCGGUUAACAGAUGGGGUUAAGCAAGACACGAGAGAAGACACGGAGGAAGAGCAGCAUAAAGUAAACGGAGAUGUGUCUCAUGUGGACAUUGAUGUUGUGCCACAAAUUAUUUGUUGUUCAGAGCCACCAGUGGUCAAAACAGAGAUGGUGACUAUCUCCGAUGCCUCACAAAGGACAGAAAUCUCCACCAAGGAAGUCCCAAUUGUCCAAACAGAGACCAAAACCAUCACCUACGAGUCUCCCCAGAUUGAUGGUGGUCCUGGGGGAGAUUCGGGUGUAUUGUUGACUGCACAGACCAUCACAUCUGAAUCCAUUUCUACGACUACAACCACACAUAUCACCAAGACUGUUAAAGCUGGGGUUUCAGAAACAAGAAUCGAGAAACGCAUUGUUAUCACCGGAGAUACUGACAUUGACCAUGACCAGGCACUGGCCCAGGCGAUUAAAGAAGCCAAAGAGCAGCACCCUGACAUGUCGGUCACAAGAGUGGUGGUGCACAAAGAGACAGAAGUCACAGAAGAAGGAGAGGAGUAAAAUCAAGAAGCGGUCUAUAAACAAACACAGCUUCAAGGACAUGAAGAAUUUGGACCAUUUCAAGUUAUGAUGUCACACCACUACUUUCAGUGAAUUCAUACCACAACUGGUAACACUGACCAGACCCUGAAGAUUGAAAUGCCAACACCAAACGUUACCUUAUUCUCUGGUCUAUACUGUUCCCUUGCAUCUUACCUUUUAUUUUCUUUUUGUAUAACCACUUUUUAACAUUCUUUAGAUUUUUUUUGGAGGUUUAGGGUUUGCUUUGGACUUUGUAUACUUUAUGUCUGAUUUUUGAUGACAUGACAGUGAACAGAGCCAGUGUCUGCAAAUAAGGUGUUGUUCACUCGAACAGGUGCUGUUGUUCAGAAAAGAAAAUAUUUCACUAAUUUAGAUAUCAUUUUCAGAAACUUUCUGACAUUUUACUGGAAUAAUUUGUGGGUUUUUUUCAGACUGAGGAAAAUAAUACUGCAUUAGAUAAUAUCAAGAGUAGGGAUUUUUUUAAAGUUUCCUACGUUUUGCAAAAUUUGGGGUGUUUGAAAAUUUCACUUUGGGUGCAUUUUGUACUGACCCCUUUUUAACUCUUUCUCAUUUAAAGUUCUUUACUUUCAGGAAAAAGAAAAACUUAUUCUUCAGAUUAGAGAGAGUUAUGAAGGAGUUCACUGACUGAGUACUGUGUUUCAAGACCUAUUUGCACUCCUGUGCUAAUGUUCAACCAUUUCUCAGACAUGGAGGCUCCUGAAACAUUCCAGAGAAGGGAGGGAAAAGACAGAAGGGAAGACAUAUUUCUUCCCAUUCAACAGAAGACUUGGGCAGCAUAAAACCAUAGUGCUUCUUUCUUAACAUGUCCAAAUUCCAGCCCUUUCCAUUAUUCAAAUACUCAUGUAGAAUGCUUGCUUUUGACUAAACUUCCCUGUCUACACCUUAGUGCUGACUCUUCUAUUACUGAGCUGAUAGUUUAUCACAGGUUUGGGAGACCUCCGAGGGAAAGGAAUGAGUGUUGUGGUGGGUUUGAUGUCAGGAAUAAGAAGGUACACCAUGAAUAAGAGGGUACACCAUUUGGAAUACUGUCACCAGAACGACCUGUACAGGGACUUAACUGUCAAUUUUUUUUUCUGUUGAUGCUGUGUAUAGUUAAGACGCCAAAUUAGAUUUAUAGCAGCUUCAAGUUGUAUUAAGUGAAAUGUCGCUUUCUGUAAUAGUUAUAAAAUAAAAGUUUGUUUAUUCUCUAAAUA